GGGCUUUUGGCAGGAGCCUCUAAAACGUUAUUUUGAAUGUAUGAAAGCCGAACAUGGCCGGGAUACGGAGAAAAAACGGGAGAUAUCAAUGCAUGAGCACGGCCGUCGGAUGCUCCCGCUUGCGUCAGGUCCAGUCUCUGCUCAGCGACGGCGGUAAAGGAUCCCCAGAUGCCAUUUUGUGCACCCUAGGGAUCGACAGCAGGUACAACGAGGGCUGCAGUGAGCUGGCCAACUUCCUGUUCUUUGGGCUGUACAGCCAGAGCCAGCCGCAGCUGGGCCGCUACUGCGAGGAGUUCCCCGAGGAGGUGCUGGACGAUGUGAUCUUGCUGAUUACAGCGGAGAGCGUGCACCUGUACUGUAACCCGGUCAACUACAGAUCCCUCCUGCCCUACGUCUCCCACUGGAGAAACCUGCAUCUGCACUGCAUGACCGAGAGUGAGUAUGAAGACGAGGAGGCAGCUGAAGAGUUUAAGAUCUCCAGCUUCGUCCACAUGGUGCAGGACUGCGGCCGCAUCGGAGUGCCCUACAGCUCUCAGGGACACGUGCAGAAGUUUGACAUGUUCAUGGUGGAGAAGUGGCCCAUCAUCCAGGCCUUCGCUCUAGAUGGCAUCGGAGGUGGAGGGUUUUUCACCAUGAAGCACAAGCUGGUUGACGUGAGUGAGAAGCUGUGGAAGAUUUACAGCAGGAUGGAUCCUGUUUCCCUGGAGAUACUGCUGACUGAGGACCUGCAGGCCUUUGAGAAGCAGUGGGCGGGAUUCUUCUGCAGCAUGGACCUAGAGAGCCACUCCUCCGUCCUGGAGCUCUCUGAGGCACAGGCUGGGGAGCCGUUCAGAAGCUAUUUCUCCCACGGUCUGAUCUCCAGCCACAUCACUGACAAAAGGAAGGGCCGCCAGCCCUUCGUUCUGUUCGGGAGCCACUCCUCCAGAGAGGACCUGCAGAGCUACUGCUUCACAUUCCCUUCCGAGGGCCACCAGGUCCGCAACACGGGGGCCCAGGGGGGCCCCGCCAAGCACAUGCUGAUCCAGUGUGUGGGACCCAAGGGCCCACUGGCCUGCUCUCGGACCUAUUUCUUCGGCACAACCCACAUCCCUUACCUAGGCAAAGACAAUGAGCAACACAAGAAGACUGAACUAAUGCUCCUGUCCCGGCUGUAUGAAGCGUCGGUGGAGGCGGUGUUUGCGGGUAUUAAGUGCUACUCCUGCACCAGCAGUGCUGCCAAGACCAAAGACGUGGCUGAGCUGACAUUCCAGAGGACUUUGGACAUCUUCAACCUGAGCGAAUACAAGAACAUUCUCAGAUCCAAAACCACCUUUGACAUCCAGGCUGUGAACAACGAAGGAAGAAUCGUCCCUCUGGACGAUGAGGAGAGCCGGUUCUUGGUGAAAACAGCCUCCAUGAUGGUUCACGAUGUUCCGGACCUGCAGUUUGGACGUGGGAACCUGGGAUCUGUAGUCUUCUCUGAAUCCUUUCUGGAGUCCACCGUGUACAUCCAGGAGCCAGACAGCAGCGUUUCCUCAGACAGCUGUUUCACCAUCCUGACCGCCGGCGUUCCGCGAUACGUCUCCUGGCUGGUGGAGGAGUCAGAUGUGAGACUCUCAAACCAAGCCCAACGCCUGCUGAAGGAGGAAGAGGGCACAUGUUUGGGGACUCCUCUCUCUGUGGGGGAGACCGCUGUGGUGUUCUCCAACAGCCUGCUGUGUGCACCUGAGGAAGGUAAAAUCAGUUUCUUCUCGGAGGGGAUCCUGUUUGUGCACCCUCGAUACGGGAGCGUCACGCUGUCCAAGAACCUCAUCAGCGCGCUCAAGAUCUACGACGGGGACUCCUCCAGCUCUGCUACGUCUCUGUUUGUGGAGUACAGGAGCGCCCUGCUCCCCCACCUGCCACUGCAGCUCCACAGCGCCUCUCACUGUCUGGCCUUCGCCCUGCAGCCAAAGUCCCGCAGCUACAGGGCCUUUUACUCGCAGGUGCUGGCAGUGUGGCAGCAGAACUCUGAUGCAGGGCUGCUCUUGCGGCUGGUGGGCAGUGAACAGCUCACACUGGAGCAGAGAAACAUGCUCUCCCGAUUGGACAGACUGUACGAGAGCCACGCCUUCCCUGUAUCUGAGCGCAGGAGCGACCUGAAGGCUGUGUGUGCUGAACUGCCUGGGCUCGACACAUUCUUGCAGCACCUGGCGCUGAGCAGUGUGGGACAGGAGACCUUGCACAGCGAGCACCUGGAGGACUUAUUCCCCAAGCGGGAGCCCAGCGCCCCGCCACGCACCCCUAAUGACAAGAUUGUCAUCAACAUCAUCACAGGCCUGCCUGGAAGCCACAAAGAUGGCCUGUGCAACUACCUGGUCAGCCUCAACAAGGAGUACGGCAGGUGGGUGGUGUACCGCCCAGCCCAGGACAGCUGUGACUCGUUCAGCGGGACGCGGCUGCAGCGGUACCUGUCCUCCCUGCUGGACAGCCAGAGGAGCCGCGGCACCCGCCACUGUGCCCUGACCCGCAGAGCACUGAGACUACUGCUGCUCACCCCCGGGUACACAGAUGUGCUGGAUGUGGUUCAGGCCAUACUGACCCACCCCGACCCCCGGGCUCAGAACACCCUCAGCCUGGGCUCCAUCACCGCCUGUGUGGACCCUCUCAGCUCAUACCUGGAGCACAGGUUCCUUUUCCCGAAGCUCCUGGAGCAGUGCAGCCAGGGCUUGGUCAGCUGUGUGGCGUUCACCGGCCUGACGGGCGAUCAGAGACACCCCCUCCUGCAGCAGCUCCAGCAGCUGAUCCGAGCAGCCAAUCCCAGCGCUGCGUUCAUCCUCGCUGAGAAGGGCGCGGUCACCAGGAAUGAGGACGUGGAGCUGAUCUUGUCUGAGAGCAGCUUUUCUGAGCCCCAGAUGCUGAGAGCUCGGUACCUGCUCUACCCUGGAUGGUCCGAGGGGAAGUUCAGCACCAGGGCCCCGCUGGCUCCGCCUCUCUCUCAGGAGCGUGUGCAGUUCGGCCGGCCCCUGGAGAGGCCGCUGUUCCUGGCACGAUGCAAAGCGUUAAAAUCCGCUCUGAGGCCGAGCCCUUUCACCGGGAACGUCUACAACAUCUGGGGCCGAGUCCUUUUCUCUGACUCGGAGCAGUUGAUGGAGGUGAGCUACAAUGUCAUCAGCGGGACUUUGGGUGUGGUCCCCAUCCAGGAGGGCCCCAGCCCCCCUCCCCAGGCAGUGGAGCCCCGCCCCCGCGGCCCAGAAUGCUUCCUGCUCUUUGACGGAGUCGGCCUCACCCAGGAUGGUGUCAAGAUCUGGCUGAGACAGUGCGCCAAGCAGAAGACCGUGAAAAGAGCGAGGAGAACCCAUGAGAUGCUGACCCUGCAGGAGAUCAAGAACAUUCACGUGAAGCGACACUUGGACCCCCUUCCAGCAGGUUACUUCUACAACGGACACCAGUUUGUCAACUUCUUUGGAGAGAAAAUGAACUUCCAUCCAUUGAUGGAGCAGUUUAUAGAUGAGUACGUGGAAGAAGCCAACAAGGAGAUUGAGCGCUUCAACCGCGAGCUGGAGCAACAGGGACAGCCCGACCUGUUCGACCCCUAGAGGCUCCACCCACUCCGCAAGGUCAUCCCAUCGUUUGUCUGUGAGGGA